UGGGUUAACAUUAUUUGUUGUUGAAUGGUUAUGCGGCGGAGAGCGGUGAUUCAGUGGCGGUGAGGCAAGGAAGGGAAAGAAUUCACCAACCACAUGUUAUGAGAAUAGGAAACAGUGAAAUGGUACAAAACAACACCUGAUCAUGGCAUGCCAUACGCACACUGCACUGAACAAAAUUGGACGCCAGACAUAGCACCGCACGCGCCCACGUGUAAACAUAAACAGGCAACAUAAAGGGAAAGAAAAUAUAAUAAAAGAAAAGAUAAAAGGGGUUUGAUGAGAGAGAAGGAAAAGGUUGCAGAGGCCAUAAAUAAACGUUUAGAAAGUCUAGAGAGAGAUGAAAAGGGAAGCGGAAAAGGAGGAAAAUUUGGGAGAAAAGUUGAAGAGAGGGGUUUUGGUAGGGAAAAGUAGGGGCCCUUCUACUCCACUCCCUUCUUGGCUUUUGAGUUUUCACAAUACUCAUACUCACACUGUCUCUGCUAGAAAGCUCGCCGCGGCUCUCUGGGAAUUCAACCACUAUCUCCCACUCUUUCAAAUGCAUCGUUCUGUUAAUAACGCUUCUGAUUCCAGACAUCGCCGCCAUUACAACUUCCUUCACAAGGACAAGGCGCCAGACAUCUCUGCCUUUUUCGCUGAUGCUUCUCCUGAUCAGCCAGCUAGCGCGAGCAGUUUGAGGAGGCAUGUUGCAGCAUCACUGAUGCAGCAUCAUCGGGCAAUUGAGAGAAAUAACCAUGCACUUCAACCUUUAUCUCCUGCAAGUUAUUGUAGUUCCAUGGAGAUGACACCUUAUAAUCCUGCAGCUACUCCUUCUAGUUCCUUGGAAUUUAAGGGAAGGAUUGGUGAACCACAUUAUAGUCUCAAAACAUCUACAGAACUUCUAAAAGUGCUAAACAGAAUAUGGAGCUUGGAAGAACAGCACGCCUCUAACCUUUCACUGAUAAAAGCAUUAAAAUCAGAGCUAGAUCAUGCACGUAUCAGGGUCAAAGAGUUGCUUCGAGACCGACAGGCAGAUCGACAUGAGAUUGAUGACCUGAUGAAACAAAUUGCAGAGGAUAAAUUGGUUAGGAAGAGUAAGGAGCAGGAUCGACUCCAUGCGGCUGUUCAAUCUGUGAGGGAUGAACUUGAGGAUGAGAGGAAAUUAAGAAAACGAUCCGAGAGCAUACACAGGAAAUUAGCUCGGGAUCUUUCUGAGGUGAAAUCCUCUCUGACUAGUGCUCUAAAAGAAUUGGAGCAAGAGAGAACAAGAAGAAAAAUGUUGGAGGACCUAUGUGAUGAAUUUGCUAGGGGAAUAAAUGAAUACGAGCAAGAAGUGCAUGCUCUGAAACACAAGUCUGAUAAGGACUGGAUUCAAAGGGCUGAUCAUGAUCGUUUGAUUCUCCACAUAUCUGAAUCAUGGCUGGAUGAACGUAUGCAAAUGCGGCUGGAAGCUGCUCAAAAUGGUUUUGUGGAUAAGAAGUCCAUAGUCGAUAAACUAAGCCUUGAAAUAGAGACUUUCCUUAAAGCUAAACUAAAUAGUAGGAGUACAGAAAAUAUAGCAAUAAGGGAACGCCGGAAUUCCCUGGAAUCUGUACCAUUGAAUGAUGCUGUCAGCGCACCGCAAGAGGUGGGUGAUGAUGAUGAUGAUUCUGUGGGCAGUGAUUCAAAUUGUUUUGAGCUGAGCAAGCCAAGCAAUAAAGGAUCUAAAGUGCAUGAAGAAGAGCCUGUGGAAAAAAAUUUUGAAGAGCCAUUAAAAACUAACCACACAAAGAAGAAACCAACACCACGUGAAGGGUUAAAACAUCGUAGCCCAUCUAGCCUGCAAGUGAAGUUUGAGGAACAGAUGGCUUGGGCCUUGUCAUCUGAUUCAAACAAGAAGUCUCAGUCAAUAAUAGAUGCAGAGCAGGGGAAGACCACAGAUACUAGACCAGUUGAAGGAACUAUAUCUGAAAAAUCUGAACACUUUGAGGUUAAUGAAAAUGAUGGUUCUGAAAGAAAAAAUAACCCCACCGAAUUGCACAGCUCCAAUAAAAAUCACAUUAUGGAUAAUCUCGUCAUUGGUCAACUUUUGGCAUCAGAAGGUGUAAAAAUACAUGCUGAUAAUAAUUAUGGCGAGGCCUCCUGCAGCAAUGCUGGAUGGAGGAAUCAGGCAAGCCCUGUGAAACAGUGGAUGGCAAGACUUACAUCCCAAGAUGAUGACAUAUCAGAGGCUUCCAAAGUGCCUUCAGGAUCGAAGGAGAAUAACACUUUGAAAGCAAAGCUUCUGGAAGCUAGGUCCAAGGGGCAGCGAUCUCGUUUAAAAGCCUUGAAGGGGUCCUUUUAGAGGUUGUUUAGGAUGAAGAUGUUGAUGGUAAUAAGGGUGGGGGGAAUUUCCACCUUGUUGAUGGGUGUUCAUUUCGGUCCCGCACUCGCCUCUCUUGUCUCUUCCUUUCACGUGGAAUUUUUGCUUUGUUCAUAAUUUUUACUUUGUAUCUGUAACAUAUUUCUCCUUUGGGGUUUAUUCUCUAUACUACUGUAGAUGUUGAUCAACUUUUGAGAAGUGAAACAAAUAUACAAUUUUGGAUAAUUUGUUCGU